AUGGGGCCAGGGAUCCAGAAGGUGGAAGCUUUGGGCUCCUUUGUCCGUGUGCAGUGGGAGGAUGGAAGUGAGAGCUGCUACCCCUGUGUGUGGCUGAGGGAUAACUGCCAGUGCUCCCACUGCUUCCUCCCCUCUGCUGGGGCACGAAGGCUGCUCCUUGAGGACCUGGACGUGGACAUCGUGGUGAAGGAGGUUUUUCUGGCAGAUAGGAAAAAGAUCUCUGUUACAUGGCCUGAUGAACACACAAGUGAGUAUGAAGCUGAGUGGUUGAAAAAACGAUGCUUCUCUGAAGAAGCCAGAGCAGAAAUGCGAGAACAUCUAUUUUUACCAGAAUGCCAAUACUGGGGCUCAGACCUGCAACUCCCCAAAAUACCUUUUGAAGACAUCAUGUACAAUGAUGAAAGUGCUUACAAGUGGCUGUGCACCCUGAAGAAAGUAGGAAUUGUUCUGCUAACAGGAGCUGCCACAAGGCAGGGAGAGUUGGUUAAACUUGGCCACAGGAUUGGGUUCCUGCGCCUCACUUUUUAUGGACCAACUUGGCAAGUGCAAGACAAAGCAGAUGCUAACAACGUAGCUUAUACAACUGGGAGACUCUGUUUCCACACUGAUUACCCUGUUCUGCAGCAUCCACCUGGGGUUCAGUUUCUCCAUUGCAUAAAGCAAACAGCUGCAGGAGGUGAAAGUGAAGUUGUAGAUGGAUUUCACGUAGCCAACAAGCUGAAGAAACAAAAUCCUGAGGCACAUCAGAUCCUGUCCUCCACUGCUGUGGACUACACUGAUGUUGGGGUGGACUACUGUCAUUUUGCUGUGCAGUGUAAACAAAGGAUUAUAGACACGGAUUCCAGAGGCCAAGCAGUUCGCAUCAAUUAUAAUAACGCAACAAGAGACACAGUGUUUGACAUACCAGCUGAAAAAGUGAGGCCCUUUUAUGCAGCUCUAAAGGAAUUUAAUGAUUUAUUAAACAGUGCAGAAUACAAGUUUACUUACAAGCUGAAACCAGGAGACAUAGUGACAUUUGACAACUGGCGUGUGCUUCACGGGCGCCACAGCUACCCGUCGGGUGCAGGAGUGACUCGGCAUCUGGAAGGUGCCUAUGCAGACUGGGACGUGGUCAUGUCAAGGCUCCGACUCCUCAGGGAGAGGGUCCUGAGUAGGGACUGA